UGUUUUUUUUUUUUUAUUUAUAUUUUAUUGUGGUGGCUCUCUUGAAUUUGUUUUCUUCUCUGACAAAGAGACUAAAAAUAGAUUUUAAGCGCAUUUCAGUGAGUACUAGUCAUUUAGGUGGCAAUAUCAUAAGUGGCAAUAAUAAUAAUUGUAUUGGUGGUAUUGGUAAUAAUAUUAUGCCAGAAAUCUCACAAGAUAAUUUCGAAAAAUUAAAUCCAAUUUCACAACCUAUAUCAGCAAUGGAAUUGCGUGCGCGUUCAAAUUCAGCUGAGAGAAAAAAUUCAUUACGAUUAAAUGCAGCACCUUUAACACCAACAAUUUAUGAACAUGAUUCAUUUGUGAUGAAUAAUAAUAAUAACAACAACAAUGAUAUGGAUAAGGAUGACAAUAAAGUUAAUAGUAGUAGAUCGAGAUCGAGGACAUGUACUAUUGGAGAGAAUGAUAUGGAUUCAUCAUUUAUAAAUGGAUUGCAAGCGGAUCCUUUUCAGGGACAUAAAAGGGAACUAAAUCAUAGAAUCUUUGUCAAUAGAUCAUUGCAUUUGGAAAACAUCAAGUUCUAUGGCUUCGAUAUGGAUUACACUCUGGCUGAGUACAAAUCACCUCAAUAUGAAACGCUUGGAUUUGAUUUGGUUAAAGAGCAUAUGGUCAGCAUGGGCUAUCCAAAGGAGAUUCUACAAUUUGAAUACGAUCCUUCAUUUCCGGUACGUGGCUUGUGGUUUGACACACUCUAUGGUAAUUUAUUGAAAAUGGAUGCCUAUGGAAAUAUUCUUGUAUGUGUUCAUGGAUUUGUAUUUUUAAAACAUUCCCAAGUCUAUGAAUUGUAUCCAAAUAAAUUUUUAAAAUUGGACGAAUCACGUGUUUAUGUUUUAAAUACACUUUUCAAUUUGCCAGAAACAUAUUUGUUAGCAUGUUUGAUUGAUUUCUUCACCAAUAGCAAGGAAUAUAUCAGAGACAAAACCGGAGUUAAAGCUGGCGAAUUAUUUAUGUCCUUCAAAUCGAUCUUCCAAGAUGUUCGACGAGCUGUUGACUAUGUACAUCUUCAAGGAGACUUAAAGAAGAAAACCACUGAAAACUUAGAUAUGUACGUUAAAAAGGAUUCAAGGCUUCCAAUGGUAUUGUCUCGCAUCCGUGAUUCGGGUGCUAAAGUUUUCUUGCUGACAAACAGUGACUACAGAUUUACCGACAAAAUAAUGUCAUACUUGUUUGAUUUUCCACAUGGAGCCAAAGAAAAUGAGCCCCAUCGCAAUUGGAAAACUUAUUUCGAUGUGAUUGUUGUUGAUGCUAGGAAACCAUUGUUUUUCGAUGAAGGAACAAUUUUAAGACAGGUUGAUACAACAACUGGAGCAUUAAAGAUUGGUACUCAUAUUGGACCACUUCAACAGGGACAGGUAUAUUCAGGUGGUUCAUGUGAUGUUUUUACUUCUUUAAUCAACGCCAAGGGCAAAGAUGUCCUCUAUAUUGGUGAUCACAUAUUUGGUGAUAUCUUGAAGAGUAAAAAAAUUCGAGGCUGGAGGACAUUUUUAAUUGUCCCUGAGUUGGUUCAGGAACUGCAUGUGUGGACUGAUAAAUGUCAAUUUUUUGCUGAAUUACAGCAAUUGGAUAUUAUGUUGGGUGAUAUGUACAAAAACCUCGACUCGAGUACAAAGGAAAAACCCGACAUAUCCAAUCUUCGAACAAGCAUUCGUGAUGUGACGCACAAAAUGGAUUUAGCUUAUGGUAUGAUGGGCUCUCUAUUCCGUUCGGGCUCCAGACAGACAUUCUUUUCAAGUCAAGUCGUUAGAUACGCUGACUUGUAUGCGGCAACUUUCCUCAAUUUAAUUUAUUAUCCAUUCUCGUAUAUGUUCCGGGCGCCAGCCAUGCUAUUGCCCCACGAAUCGACAGUAACGCAUGAACAACGUUUUAGUAUGGGAGCACCAAUGAUACAAAGAUCCAGAGCAAAGGGUCCCGAAGAAGAUGGAGAACCGAAACCUGCUACUUCGGGUAGUGUCUCAAAUGAUGGAUUAGUUCUUGUGGAUAAGAAUCUUCUUGGAGUUGAAUCAUUACCUGCAUUGCCAUUACCUCAUGCUCGACCAGAAACACCCCGAACUGUAACUCAUACCCAUGACGAAGAUUGUUCGGAUGAAGAAAGCGAUCACAAUACCAAAUCUGACCAACGUCAAACAGAUUCUCCUUGAGACGAAAUUGAAAUACCAAUUCCCCCGUUAUUGAACUUGUCUUAAAAAAAAAAAAAAAAACUCCACAAGG